AUGCCACAAUCGCGAUUGAGAUCAAAGGCAAGAUCUGGCAACAAGUUCGAUGUGUCGACUUUCACUCAAUUGGGAUCGGACUUUCUAGAUAUAAACGUUCAGAAAAUAGCUCAGAUCCCAGGACAUUGGCACAAGCACUAUGUUCAAUUUGAGAUCGAUGGAGUUGUCCAGACCACAGGAAAGAGCCAGAAAGUGACGGACCCCAUUUGGCUGGAGACCUUUUCUUUGUGCGUAUCGCACUUUCUACAUCAGGUCCGAGAACUUACGGUCAUCAAGCAAUGCCACGCUGUCGUCUGUUCUCACCUGCCGGCUUUACCAGUCAUCCAGUCGUAUUGGCCGUGUCUUCCAUCAUGGCGAUCAAGUCAUAGGGGUAAUGAAGGAAAGCUUUCAUUUGUUACUUGGGGAAGCUUCCGAAAAAGGCCUGACGAUACCUCAAAGUUCAUGGCUACCACCAUUAAUUUUUUUGUAUCUAUCUUGCCAAAGAUUGGUACUCCUGUUGUUUCUGCACCUCAAGUUGAUUUUAAUGCUCAAGCCAUGUCAGAUUUUGCUUCUGCUUUAGAUUCAGCUGAAGAUACUGUUAAAAGAAUGAAAGCUGGCCCACAGGGUGCUGCAUCUAUUCUUGACACUGCUAUCAGUACAGUCUCUUCUGAUUCUUUCUCUGCUACAUACAACACUAUGGUUGAGAAUGUCAAAUUUUUUGCUAAUGCUGUAGAUAAGCUAGCUGAGGUCCAUCCAUAUGCCAAGGCAGCUUGGGUUAUUCUGUCUGCUAUCCCCAAGACUGCUCUGGGGCAGAUUGAACGUGAUGCCAAAAUCACCAAUCUUCUACAGGAAAUUCAAGACUUGUACAAAUAUAUCAAUCAAGCAAAACCCUCUGAGUAUGGUGAUCAACAGAAGAAGGUUGUCACCCUUCUAGCCAAGCAGACCACAGAAUGUGCCUACCUUAUUCGUGAUUAUGCUAGCAUCACAAACUUUUGGAAACAGACUGGAAAGAAUUUAGUCUCAAAUUCAGACCAAGAAAUUCAGAACUAUCAAGAUCAAUUCAAGAAACUCAAGUUAGCUUUUACUGAUCAUGCCAUUCAGGAUACUCAGCUUACAGUUUUGCGGAUGGUUUACACUCUGGAGAAACUUGGUGCAGCUGCAGAUCUCAGAGACAUGUGCUAUGCUAAGGGUGCUCGCUUUGAUCCUGAUAAGAAAUGUCUCCCUGGAACACGUGGAUCUAUUCUUGAUGAACUGAUUAGCUGGAUUGAUAGUCCUGAUGGUGAUGAGACUCCACGGGUUCUAUUUUUGACUGCUAUGGCAGGCUUUGGAAAAUCAGCUAUUGCUCAUACUAUUGCUUACCAUUUUGAUGGAUUGCGUCGCCUAGGUUCAUCAUAUUGCUUUGACCAAGCUGAACAAGAGAAUCGAAGGAUUGAAUAUCUCUUCAGCACCAUCUCUAAGGAUAUUUCUGGGCUUGAUAAGCACUGGCAGUCUGCUCUCUGCUCUGUGGUUUCUGAGAAUCCAGCUCUUUGCACUACUCAGUCACUACAGGCACAAUUUGAGAACUUUAUUGUCAAGCCUGGUUUAGCCUUAACUAAUGUUGGGCCUAUUGUUCUUGUGAUUGAUGCUCUGGAUGAAAGUGGCAGUCUGAAAAAAAGAAAACCUCUUCUGGAUAUACUUGUCAAGGGAGCUACAAAGUUGCCAAAAAACUUUCGUGUUCUGGUAACCACACGGCCUGAGCCUGAUGUAUCAAAAAUUCUUGAGAUGCCUCAUCGAUAUGUCAAACACAAGGAGAUACAUACUCCUGGGCUGGAAAGUGAGAGCAAUGAGCAUGAUCUUUCUCUUUAUAUCAAGAGUAGACUCGCUGAGUUUUCUGAACUUGAAACUGAGUGGCCAAAUGACCAAUGGUGCAGGCUGCUUGUAAAGAGUGCAGAAGGCCUGUUUCAAUGGGCAGCUGUUGCUUGUGAUGACAUCACCUCAUAUGAAGGGAUGACUCUUGUUGGGCAUUUAAAAUCUGUUCUUCAAGAAGGAAAAGGCUUGGAUAAUCUGUACCGUCAAGUUCUGAAACAAGCUUUUCCCAAAAUCACACCUACAGUAAUGGGCCGUUACCAGUCAGUGAUAGGCAAAAUUCUGACAGCCAAAGAGCCAUUAUCACUGUCAACAUUGUCACAAAUGCAUGCUGUAAAGUUAACAAGAGAAGAGGCCCAGGCAAUUAUCCAACCAUUGGGUUGUUUGCUGUCUAGCAUCAAAAUGAAUGAUGAUCCUAUAAAGCCAUUGCACAGCUCCUUUCAGAAUUUUCUGACUUGCUCCUCAAAAAGUGAAGACUUUUACAUUGAUACAUAUGAAGCUGAAAAAAAAUUUGCUCUUGCAUGUCUGCACAUUCUCAACACUGAGCUUCAUUUUAACAUCUGCAAAAUCCCCUCAUCCUACAAAACAAAUGACAAUCACUUGAUCAAUCUAUCUGAUAAGAUCUCAUCACAGCUGUUUUAUUCCUGUGUUUUCUUUGCAGAGCAUCUUAAAAUGGUUGCAUGGGAGAAUGUUUUUGAAGAAGGGUUGAACACCUUCAUGGAUAAACAAUUUUUAUCUUGGCUGGAGGUUUUGAGUGUAACAAAAAGACUAUGGACUGCACAUAAUACACUGUCAGGAAUAUCAAAAUGGCUCAAGAAAAAUGGAAAAUGCAUAGAUCUCAUUGAAGAUGCCAUGAAGUUUGUCAACAGCUUUGCUCAACCAAUAGCUGAGAGUGCUCCUCAUAUCUAUUUAUCAGCAUUACCAUUUGCACCAACUGAGUCUCUUAUUGCUAAAAAAUAUCUACCCUACUAUAAGGGUCUGGUGUCUUUUGCAAAGGAGAGAACAAAAUCAUGGCCAUCAAUCAUUAAUGUCAUGCAUGGGCAUACUAAUCGGAUCAAGUCUGUUGCAUUCUCUCCUGAUGGAAAGCACAUUGUUUCUGGAUCAGAUGAUAUGACCAUUCGAGUGUGGGAUGCACACACAGGAAACCUUGUUUCACAUCCUUUUAAAGGUCACACCCACAUCAACUCUGUUAUCUUUUCUCCUGAUGGACAACACAUUAUUUCUGGAUCACAUGAUAAGACAAUCAGAGUGUGGGAUGUACAUACAGGAAAUCUUGUUUUAGGUCCAUUUGAAGGCCACAUUCAUUCAGUCAGAUGA